AUGCCACCACACCCACACCCCCCACUAACCCUCGUCGUGGCGACAACGCCCAUCCGCACCUCGGAAUCCAGCACGCGGCUCGGGAUCGGCCUGAACGGCACCCUCCCCUGGCCACGCAUCAAGGCAGACAUGAGCUUCUUCGCGCGCGUGACGACCCGCCCCCCCGUCCAGGGCACCUCCAACGCCAUCAUAAUGGGCCGCAAGACAUACGAUUCGCUACCUGGUACUCUCCGGCCGCUCGCGAAGCGCAUCAACGUCGUGGUGACUAGGGAUACGGAGGGUGUCGUUCGCGAAAGAGUAUCUAGAGAGUUGGAGGCUAAGAAGGCGAAGGCCGCUACAACAACAACAACAACAACAACAACAAAAGCUAUACCGACUGCUGAACCCAUCACAGACGCGGUGGUUAGCUCAAGUCUAGACGCGGCAUUGGAUACGCUCGAGACGCAGUACGGGUCGCAAGGGAAACUAGGCAAGGUUUUCGUGAUUGGUGGGGGGGAACUGUACGAGUCCGCGAUCCGGUUAGGUGAUGUUGGCCGGCGGUUAAGGAUCAUCAUGACAAACGUGAAGCUCAGGUCGGGCGAGGAGUUUCCUUGCGAUACGUUUUUCCCCUUGGACGAAUCUUUGGCGGAGCGCGGCUGGCGGGCGGCGAGUGCCCAGGAGGUGACGGAUUGGGUAGGUGAGGAGGUCUCCUCGGAGUGGAGGGAGGAGGGCGACGUGGCCAUUCAGAUGGUGGGAUAUGAGAAGAUAUGA